AUGUGGCUAUUAACCUAUAUCCUCUACCUGCGCCUAAAAAUAGGUGCCUUGAUCGUGAGACUCUUAUUCAGGCUCAUUGAAGGAAAAUGGACCGCCAACCCUGACGCAAUCCAUAACCUCCCAUCCCGCGAUCCUCAACGCAAAAUCAAAGUCCAUAUCUACAAACCCUCAAUACAAAGUGCCACCCGCCCAGGUCCCGUCUUGAUCAACUUCCACGGAAGUGGUUUCGUCAUCCCAGCCCACGGCAUCGACGAUGCAUUCUGUCGCGAAAUCAGCCAGCGCACAAAUUACACGGUCCUAGACGUUCAAUACCGACUUUCACCCGAGCACCCUUUUCCUGCUGCAAUACACGAUGUCGAAGACGUCGUCAAAUGGGUCCUGCAACAACCCGCCGUCUUUGAUCUGUCCCGCUUAGCAGUCUCUGGAUUCAGCGCUGGAGGAAAUCUAGCCCUGGUCGCCUCAUCCACCCUCUUUCCGAAAGAUACUUUCCGUUCUGUGAUCACUUUCUAUCCAAGUACCGAGGGACAUCUCGAUCCUGCUACACUGGUUGCGCCGGAGGCGGGUGGGCGCCCUCUUCCCGUGGCCACUAUGCGUCUUUUUCGGCAUUGUUAUGUUCAGACUGAAGUUGAUAAUCGGGAUCCACGCAUUCUACCUGUUUUUGCGGACCCGGCACGUUAUCCGAAGAAUGUUCUUGUUAUAACGGCUGGCUAUGAUAUUCUUGCUGAUGAGGGUGAGAGGCUUGCGAGGCAGCUUCAGAAGGAUCCUCAGCGGCAUGUUGUUCACCGGAGAAUGCCGAAGUGCAAUCAUGCUUGGGAUAAGAACGCUGCUUUUGGUACCCCUGAGUGGGAGCAGAGAAAUCUGGCUUAUGAUUUGGCUGUUGAGAUGCUUCGGCUGUAG